GCGGCGGCGCUGCUGCGGGCGGCGGCUGGCUGGAUGCGAGACCUGCGCGGACCCGGCGGCGGCGGCGGCCGGCGGCUCUCGACGCCGGAAAGCGCCUCGCGGAGCGCACGAGCCCGAUCGCGCUGGCCAUGGCCUCCAACUUUAACGACAUAGUCAAGCAGGGCUACGUGAAAAUCCGCAGCAGGAAGCUGGGGAUUUUCAGACGAUGCUGGUUGGUUUUCAAGAAGGCUUCUAGCAAAGGACCUAGGAGGUUAGAAAAAUUUCCCGAUGAAAAGGCAGCUUAUUUCAGAAACUUUCACAAGGUAACUGAACUGCACAAUAUCAAAAAUAUAACCAGACUGCCUCGAGAGACAAAGAAGCAUGCGGUGGCAAUUAUCUUUCAUGAUGAAACAUCCAAGACGUUUGCCUGUGAGUCAGAGCUGGAGGCUGAGGAGUGGUGCAAACACCUCUGCAUGGAGUGUCUGGGGACCCGGCUCAAUGACAUAAGCCUCGGGGAGCCCGACCUGCUGGCAGCAGGAGUGCAGCGGGAACAGAAUGAACGAUUCAAUGUGUAUCUUAUGCCUACACCAAAUCUGGAUAUUUACGGUGAAUGCACAAUGCAGAUCACUCAUGAGAAUAUCUAUCUCUGGGAUAUCCACAAUGCCAAGGUCAAACUGGUCAUGUGGCCUCUCAGCUCACUGAGGAGAUACGGGCGGGACUCAACGUGGUUUACGUUUGAGUCAGGAAGAAUGUGUGACACAGGAGAAGGACUAUUCACUUUUCAAACAAGGGAAGGAGAAAUGAUCUAUCAGAAGGUCCAUUCUGCGACACUGGCCAUAGCUGAGCAACAUGAAAGAUUAAUGCUAGAAAUGGAGCAGAAGGCCCGGCUGCAGACAAGCUUGACUGAACCGAUGACAUUAUCCAAAUCAAUAUCUCUUCCUCGUAGUGCGUACUGGCAUCACAUCACUCGUCAGAACAGCGUGGGAGAAAUCUACAGUUUGCAAGGCCAUGGGUUUGGUUCGUCAAAGAUGUCUCGCGCGCAGACGUUUCCCAGCUAUGCCCCGGAACAGGGGGAAGAGGCUCAGCAGCCCUUGUCGCGGUCCAGCAGCUACGGAUUUAGCUACAGCUCCAGCCUCAUUCAAUGACACAUAGAGAGCCACUGCUGACCAGAGAGACAGUCUGUCCUGGACCCGCCUGUAGGGUCAUUGCACCCUCUGCCUCCUGGAAGACCAAAUGCAGUACAAAUUGAAGUGGGUCGGGUCUAGCCCCAAUCCCAUCGGAAGGUUAAAAACUGGAGUUCUGCUUCCUUGAUUCAGUGGUUAAGUCCUUUAUUUAUUGAAUUUCUUUGGGGGGAUCUAUGUUUUACAAAAAUAGAACCCAAAUCGUACGAGCAGUCAUUUAAAUAAACAAAAUUAUUUGGGUCUGACAGUAGCAGAAGCCUCUCAGCACCAAGAGAAGUUGCCCACACUGGUUUUGCCUAGAUGGCAGGGACCUCCCAGCCCAGUCCUCCUGUCUGAGCCAGGUUCUGUCUUUAGACAGAAUGGAGACCCACCACAAGCUCUGUGGCUUUUGAAGCUUCGACAGGGACAAUUCUAGUAAGCUCCACAAAUGGCAUCCAUGUAAAUCAGCUCAGUGACAAUUAAGGGAACACGAAAUUCAGAACACACUAUUUAGCGGGGCCCUGUAGCUCUCCAGUGUGUGUGUGUGUGUGUGUGUGUGUGUGUGUGUGUGUGUGUAGAUAAAUAUAGAUAAGGAUAUUGCUAUAUCCAUCUAUAUAUAACAAGUAUAUAUCAAACAUGAGCUAAGGGUGACAGGAUAUGCUCACUUAAAUUGUUGAAAACUGUAAUUUGGUGCAUUAAAAUUAAGAUUGUUAUAUUGAAUAGAUAUUUUUAAAAUAGUGCUAUUAAAAAAAAAGGCUUCUUAUUAGCAAAAGUAUUUAUGUAACCGAGUCUGUUCCUAAGACAAAUGUAAGUGAAAAUGUGAGAAGGGUAACAUCUGGAAGUAAAAAAGCCAGUCUAGCUGUCCCACAGGUCAUGUCACCGCACUUUCUGGCAAGUGUCCUCUUUUUGACAAUGUUGCUCCCUUUGGCCACCUGUCUGAGCUACAUGAGGAAGGUUCAGGUGUGAUCACCUCAAGAAAAAAGAGAGGCUCUAAAUGAUAAACUGCUUAAGAAACCAAUAAUACUUAAGAACUAGGCAAUUUUGCAAUCAAAGAGGAGAAUACAUGGGCACAGGAUGGUAGAUAUCAAUAUUUAAAAUUUCAUAGAUGCCAUUUGCAGACAGCCAUUGGGGCUUGUAAUUUACUGUGUAACCCAGAACUUGCUGGGUUUCAUUUUUUUCUUUUAUAGGGCAUGGGUUGUUUAGGAUUAUAAGAAAAAAAAGGAUCAAUUUUUUUUCCCCUGGCACUAAUGACAAACCUACAAGGCUUAAAGGGAAGUAGUGAUAUCCAUGUGAACUGAGGAGUUUGACUAACUCAGGUCAUCAAAGAUAUAUUUGCCCUUAAUUUUGGUAAAAAUAAAAGUUAUCCUGCCUAAAUCAUAUGAUGCCACGUGUCCAAAAUUGUUCUCUCUCAAAGUAUCUCACUGUUUAAAGAACAGUGAACCCAGGUCAUGCAAGAUGAAAACCCAAUUUUUUUUUUCUUAAUAGCAAUUUUUUAAAAAAAACUAUCAAAGUUAGUUUGUUGAAAGGGUACCUUUCUGCUGAUCUUUGAUAAGAUCUUUUUCAUCUCUUUCCAUAGCUUGAGUACAGAUUGGCAAUUCAUUUCAGUGAAUUACUACAGAAUAAAAAUGGUUCCAGGUUCCUCUUUGAUAAAUGUGCACUUAUAGCAACUACCUAGACUCUCCGAAUCACUCCAAUAGGUAUGAAAACCCCAUCAAGAUGCUAAUCAUAAGAGUUAAUGUGGCUGCAAAAAAUAAUUAUCCUAAGCUUUCAGGGAUAAAAAGAAAAUUACCCAAACUCUCUGCUCUGUGAAUUUUGCUGACUCAGCAAAGGAGCAGAUGACUGGUUCCUUGCAACUAUACACCCUUCCCUGAAAUCCCAGCUUUCAGGGUUAAACACUUCUGAAUUUCUUUAGCAUGUGGCAUUUGCUUUUGAAAUGCCGUUAGUCAAAUACAGCAGAGCAACUCCCAGCUGAGACCAUUUGAGCACAGUUCCUGGUGGGGCCACAUUCAGAGCGAGCCUCUCGCUGGCUCACUCAGUCGAGCUGUUGCUUAGACACCACAAGUUUCUACAGGGGACUUAUGGGGAAAGGCCCUCAGGGGUCCUGGGUCACAUCUCAGCUUUAUUAAUGUGCCAGAAGCACAGACAGCGGGUCCAGGAGGGAUUCUGCUAAUUAGAUGAGUCUGCUCUUGUGUCUAUUUGGUAGGAGACAAAUACCUGCAUGAAAUUGCUUCAAGAACACCAUUUGGUUCUUACUGUUACCACUGAAUAUAACUGAAGCACCAAAGAUCAGGCAUAACCUUGGGCCAGUUCAUUCUGAAAACAAUGUCAUAAAAAGAUUGUGUAAGAGAGAAAUUUACUUCCCAAGUAUUUAACCCAAUCUCAUCACAAUGAGAAUAAUACCAUAAAGUAUCUCGUGGUACAUUUUUGGAGCUUUAUUCUAGUGUAUUCCUCUAAGUAUACUUAUAAUCGUAGUUAAGUCAAAAGUGCUCAAUGAAUGGAUGGGAUAACUUAUAUUAACCUAAUAUACUUGACAUGAGGCAGCAUUCAUUGUAAUAAAAAUGAAAAGCAGAUAUAUCUUCUACAAAGACCAAAGAUGGAAAGCUACUGUCCAGUCUCCUGGAACUUCAUGAAAAUCAAUUCUAUUGGAACAACUAGAGUGGUCAUGGAUAGGUGUCUGAUUCACUUGAGCUCGUGGGGUUUUGACUAAAGAUACCUCUACACUUUGCAAGUCAUUUCUCCUUUCAGAGCUGUAUCAUAUAUUUAAUAUAUACUUGACAUUUUCAUUGAGAGGAAGGUAUUGCUAUGAACCAAAGACAUCUUUGGCUUCUUCUAAAAGUGACUCCGUUAGGCUUCUAUCCAGAUUUGUAUUGAUAAAUGAAGAUGGUCAAUAUUUCUAUUUUGGGUUGGAAAAGACCAGUGAUGAAGAAACCCAAUAUAAGUAAUGACAGCUCUUCUCGCAGAAGAGAAAGCUUGGAAGGCAGACACAUUUCACAGAAAAAUUACAUAAGGGGAUUUAUUUUUUAAGACUCCAAUUUUUCUUCUGAUAAUAUUAAUUAUUGUACACAUGACAAACACAUUGCAAUACAUUUAAAAUGCAGAAAAGUACAAAAUAACCUUGAUCCAAUAGUUUGCUAUUCUGGUGAAGGGAAAAGAAAACACAUCUUUCAGUUAUUGAGCAAACAAUAGGCACUCAGAACUAUUUUAUUUAUGCAGAUUGCAAAUAUUUAUGAAUCAAUAGGUUCUGGCCACUGCCACAAUUUGAACUUAAUAAAGUAAGAAACAUAUUUACUCAUAUAGUAGGGAAGAUGCUGUUUGAUAGAGCAUGUGAAAUAAAGUGAAAUAUAGUUAUUAAAAUUAAACCUCACCUUUUUUCACCAAAUAGCAGCUAGAGUGCUAAUCCGAUUAUCUUGUGGAAUUCUCCUCUGUCUUCAUUGGGCAAUUAUGUUGAAAAUCAUUCAUCACCUAUGAAAUGGUGAAACACUUAUACCUUCUUUCUAAUAUAGAAACAAUGGACUGAUAAAUAACUUUACAGUGUUAGUAGUAGUUUCUACAGAUUCGAUUUAUUGCAUGUAGUAUCUUUAUAGUAGAUAUUUAAAAUAUAUCAUAAAAGUUGAUGUGUACCCCUCAUUCCUUGGCCAAUAUCUCAGAAAACAUUGUAAAAAAGAAAAAAGCAUGGAUACCCUACUCCCUAGAUUAUUUGAGCCAUCUACUAAAAUCAACCAUUAGUGCUACAGUGAAAACAAGCUAAGGAAAUUGUAUUCUUAUAAAAAAUUAUAGUUCAGUUUUAUAGUUCAGUUUUAUUAUAACACAGCACAAUAAAUGGGCAAUAUACAUCCAGUGGGGCUUAGCUUUAGGCCUUUAAUAGUCUGUGUUUUAUAAAAAGAUAUUAUACUAAACACUCAGAGUGAAAAUUCUACAUUUUCACCAAUUCUAUUAACUUGUCUACCAAUAUCUUGCAAUUUAAAAUUAUUUUAUUAAUUAUUAACUAUACGAUCUCCCAACCACAGCCUUUUCAAAAUAGAUAAAAAUUUGCCACUGGGUCUACAUUAAUAACAGUGGGUGAAAUGCCACACAAAUUUAACUUAUGAAAUUUAUGGGGUGUGUAGAUUAUGAAAUUUAUGGAGUGCAAUUUCCCAUGGAGAAGAUAGAAAGGGAGGAUGACAACUAGCCAUGAGGGCAACAAUUUAGAUAAAAUAAUAAUUUUUAAAAAAAAAUGAAAUGUCCGGAAUAACAUUUGGACACUACUUUUCUAGAAUUCUCACCCCAGUCCUGAGUCAUGGACUUGGCCUCUUUUACUAGUGUUGCCUAGCACGCAAUUUAAAGAAGACAUUAGUUGUAUCAUGUCUUAACAUUGCUACAGAAAGACAACAGUAAAUAUGCUUCUUUCAGUUUAGUGGGGGGAAAAAUUAACGUGAAACAAAGUCCCUACAGUAAAAUAGGUCUUCAGGAAUAUGAGAAUCGUUUUUAUAUGGUCCACCUCAUUUAAAUUUCAACAUGAAGACAUAUUAUCAGUGAGAUUGGUAAGGAGCUAAUAUGUGAGAAGAUACCAACAAUCGCAUGUGUGCAUUCUCUACAGACAUAUUUGAAAGAUUGCCCACGUUUUCUCUGUGGAACUGCCACAAAUCCUUACUUUCUUACUCAAGAAUGUGAAUCUUGUAUCAUUUCUACAAUUAUUCCAACAGAGGAGGCACUAAAUAGUAUAUAGACUCUCAUGGAAGUAUCAUGAGAUGUUGGGCACAUUGUCUAUGUAAGUGGAAUGCUAGCUAGAUGUGGAAGUAAUCUUAAAAGUCAUGUAAAAUAAAGGACCCACUCUACGUUUCCCUCAGGAAAAAAUGGGAACCCACCGAUGUUGUAGUUUGUGUAAAGUCAAAGAAACAUCCAGGGAUUGUUUUACCUAGUUCCAGGGCCCUGGUCCAGGAACAUGUCUUUGGCUCCAUCUUGUCUUCCAAUUAGAUGUAAUGGGAGCUAAGAAAUGCCACAUGGCCUCGAAAUAAAUAAACUCUUGUACAUUUAAGUGUUUUCCCAUAUUUUUCAGAUGCUUCUACUCUUCCUGACUCACCUCCACCUAUAUCAAUUGAGAGGCUUUAUGGGGCAGUUAAUUAGACUUAUAGGUCAUGAAUGAUUGUUAUAAGCUUUAUUACUCUUAUAUUGUCAUCCAGUUCUUUGUUUGAAAUUCAAACUUAUUUAUCUGAAAGUGAUAAUCAAACUUAAAAAAAAGUAGGUAUGUGUGUUUUGUAAUACUAUUAAUUUAUCAUAUUGUAAUUGUGACUAUUAUUUUUGGAAUCUUUAUCACUCCAUUGCACUUUAUGGUGUCAUUAUUUAUGGCAUUUGUCAUGACUCUGUUACAUAAUUGAUGACAUCAGGGCUACAUUUUUUCAUGUGAACUUCAAAAGCUUCCAUUGGCAACAGAAAUUUGGGAAAUGACUCUUUUUGUAUGCAUUAAAAUACCUUACUCAUCUAGUUUUUUCUUAUAAACUUCAGUAUGCAUUGACUUAAGUUAACUGAAGUUUAGAUACAUAAGAAAUAAGUUAAAAUUACUAAAUAAUAUGAAAACCACAUUUUACUUGUAAUUCUCAGACACUUUUUCCCUAUUUUAAGAUUUUAACAUAUUGUAGAUAUUUGAAGGAGAGGAAAAACGCAUUUGUAGUAGAAAUAUUCCCUUUAAUAAUUCUGCUUAGCUAACAAGUUUGUUUUUUUUUUUUUAAUUAUAUCUUAUGCCUGCUUCCCUAGUCUGUAUUCCACAUCUCAGUUGUCAGAAGAAUAAGUAGAAUUAAAUUUUCUGGUUGUUAUUUUGGGCCCAUUUUAGUAGUUGAUACCAUUAACUUCCACAAUCUGUUUCCUGUUUUUAGGAUAAUACUAGACUUACAGCAUAAGAUCAACCCUUUCUUUAGACACAGAAUUGCGCAUUAAGUGGAGCAUGCUUUGCGUCCUCCCUCUGUAGCUGUGCUCAUGUUGGAACUGAAUUGCUAUGUUAAUUCACUUGAGAGACACACAGGCUCCAAAGAGUUGAUUUUCAUCAGAUAUCCAAAAUUCAAAAACUCAAAUUCAGGCAAAGAAAAAAAUUAAGAUGAUUUAAAUUUUUAUUAAAGUAACUACAGGAUUUUUCUCAAAGAAACCCUCUUAAGAGGGUUUUUAUGGUCAUUCAGAACAUUAGCUGUUUGACAGAAGAUCUUGAAAGUCAGGGAAAAUAAAGAACAAAUGACAGACAGCUGUAUCUUGAUAUUAAAUAUCCAUCCAAAAAUAACAAAAUAUAAGUCAAUAUGAAAUAAUAAUUUGAUUAACCAAAUUCAGAUUCACAGUAUCUAUUGCCCAGUUCAGAAAUAGUGCUUAUUCUUGUCAAAAUAUAUAUAUGUCAGGGGGUGGAGUGGGGGAAGCACCAAUUUUUCUGUGAAGACCUAUAAUAGAGUAUGAUUGUUUCCAGUUAUAAAACACACCAUUGUUUUAGUUAUAGCAGGCAUUGCCUAAAUGUCAUCAACCAAUCAGGCUGCUCCUUGACAUGAAAGCCAGUAUCAUCUUUACUGCAGUCGACAGGAGACCUCCCAGGACCUGCAGAAGACCCCUCCACCCCAAUCUUAAUGUGUGCAUGCACACACACACAUUUUUGGCUUUUGACCCACUUUGUAUGUGCCACUGAAGUUACCUUUUUUUUUUUUUUUUUUGGAUACACACAGAAUGAAUCCAUCUUGCAAAAUCUUUUCCCCUAAGAAUCUCUAAAGUAUAUUAAAUUGUGUUAUAUGUUUUCUUUUGUAAACCUUUAUUUAAUAAUUUAUAUAUGCUUUGUGAAUUCUUCUACUGUACAUUAUAAAGGGAUGUCAUUUGUAGUUGAUUAAAUAUAAUGUUUGUGAUCAUUUUGAUAAAAAUAACUUUGGACAUUAGGCCCUUGUUAAGAAAUAAAGCACCCAUUAUAAAUUUGCUUCUAUUGGGAAAUAUAUGAUCUGGCAUACUUUAUUUGUAGUUACAAUCUAUUCCAGAUACAUAAUAGUUUGGGGACAUUUAUAUUUAAGAACUAGCUAAAUCAUUUUUGGGAGUGAAAUGCAAAGAAAUAGCUGUCCCUGGAACCUAAAUGUGAAUUUCUGGCAGAACAGAAAAUAUUAUAAUAAUGAGGCAAUAAUAAAAUUAGGAAAUUAAAUUAUUUUAAGAUCUGUCUGUGUGAUUCUUCCCCUUGGUAAUAAUACAUGAAGCACAUAGCUGAAGAGUUACCUUCUUCUGGAGUCAUAGUUCUUAUAUCUCAAUCAUUAAUAGAUGAACCUAAUAUAUUGUUAAUGAUAUUGCUACAAGGGGGAUAAUUCAUAGUUGUGCAAUAUUAAAAUUUGCUCCAUCACUUAAAAAAAGGUAAAGCAGUUCAAAAAUACCACUUUACAUCACAACUUUGCAUGACUGAGAUUUUAAACAAGUAUAUUGAUGGUUUUACCCAUAAGUUAUUUACUAUUGCCAGCACUGUAAUAUUAUACAAUUUUCUUAUAUUUUGUUCUCCUGUGAUGAAAUGUAACUAUGUAAUUAAACAAAAUUCUGACAAUCAUAUUCUGCUAACCUUUAAAAUGUGACUUAUUCCUUCACUUAUUAGUUUGCUAUUUUCAAAAUAAAGUGAAAGAAGGCCCUUUAUUAA